AUGUCCCUGUCUCUUUAUGACAUAUCACUGCCGGAGCAGACGCCCUUCUUGUCGCCCGCCAACGACUACCAUCUCUGUCAGCAGUGGCCAGGGCACGAUUUUCAAAUUUUUGAGCCAGCGUUCUCUCCCGGCAACCCUGUAGGACCGAUGGAUUCGGUUCAUUGGGAAGGGGAACGACAGAGCCAUCAGUCGUCGGAGACGACCAUAACGACGACGCCGGGUUACUCGGUUGUUGGCUGGGCGCCGCGGUCCGACGACUGGUCCUCGUACCAAGAGCUUCAGCAAAAUCUCCAGCAACCGCGAUCGGCCGUCUUCAGCCAGCCUCCGCAAUGGCCAACACCGGCUGCCUCCCCCCUUGCCGUAGAUGCAGCCUGGCAGCCUGCCACCAGUGGUCCAAGCAGACCAGAGCCAGACUCUAGGACCGCCACAACGAAGAAGAAAGUAACGAUGUCGGCAAAAGAACUACCGGGGCCACAUCGUCCACCGAAGGCACAGCAUCGCACCAAGAGGUCACGCGUUGAAGCAGGCAGCGAACCCUCUCCCGUCACUCCGAUUUCGUAUGACGAAGACGCGGGGUGGGUCGAAGGCGACAACGAGGGCGAAGACAGCGAUACCUCUCGGGCACUGCGAGGCCCGGAAAGGAAGAAGACAUAUCGCGUCAAGAAUCGAGCGGCCGCCAAGCGCUGCCGCGAGAAGACAAAGCAAUAUGAGAUGGACCUAUCCAACAAGGAAAAACAGGUCACACAGGAACGCGUGUACCUAGACGCUUGCGUGGCGGCGCUCAAGAACGAGGUGCUCACGCUUAGGAAUCAGAUUCUCGAGCAUGGCAGCUGCGAUUGCGAGAUGAUCCAGGGUUACAUUGCGAGAACAGCCAGCAGUGUCGGCCACACCGGGCAUAGAGUCCCCGCGAUGCUGCCGCCGUCGGCAUGA